AUGAUGAAGAUACUCCUGAUCUCCUGCCUCCUCUUGACCCUUCUGAAUCCAGUGGCAUCUCUGACAUGUGAGUCUUGUUUCAAUCAAGGAAAAGAUUGCACAAAUGCCACCACUGAGGAGUGUGACGAGUCCAGUGACCAGUCCUGCUUCUCUGCCCGUGGAGUUGGCAAACUGUCACUUUUGGGGUCAACAAUGGUUCUCAAGUCCUGCAUCGAUACAGAGUUGUGUGAUGCAGACUAUUCCAGUGUCUCCAUAACCUCAUCAAUCUACUUGCGCAGCAAGCUCUCCUGCUGCAAGACAGAUAUGUGCAACAGCGGACCUCCUGAAAUGCCUGAGAGUGAGACGAGGGAGCCCAAUGGGCUGAAGUGCCCGAGUUGCUUCUCCAUCUUGUCAGACGAUUGCGAGGGCUUGAAGACCGUCAGCUGCAGAAAUGAGGAGGAUCAAUGCUUCUACCUUGGAGGUCUCAUUAAGUUCGGAGGAAGCAUCUUGAUGGGCGCUGUCCGAGGCUGUGCAACAAGUAGUGCGUGUGACUACAAUCAGGGGUUGCUGGAGACUGAUCUUGAAUCAGGAUUUAAGAUCACUCAAUUAGAGUGCACUGAAGCAAUGGACGAGGAUGCCACAGAAGACACCACCAUUUAUGACGGCCUAGUGGUUGAAGAGGGGAGGUCUCAGCCUGAGGACUCCCAGGCUUUCUUUCUAGACGUCUAGAAGCUCCUCCUCAAAGACAGGCUGUA